UAAACGUCAGUCUGGCAGAAGCGGUCGUGGAACGUGCAUGUCGCUCCGUUUGAACGACACCAUAAGAUACGGUCGCGUAAUAUUAACCGUAUAGUUAAAUUUAAAAAUAAGUAUUAUAACAACAAAUAAACUACCUCGAACUAAUAUUAGUGAAUUAAGUGUUUAUUAGUACUGCAAAAACAAUUGAAAAUAUCCAGUGUCAUUUCAAAAACUUUUAGAAACGAUGGAUGAGCGGCAAGCGCACGCGCAGCUAUAGAUGUGCCGUGCAUCACAGAGAUCGCGAGGUCAGCUCCGAAAACGACUUCCAUUUACUUCUUGAAGAUCCUACGUUUUUUGCCAGGAUGGUGCACUUAGUGGCGAUGGAGGUACUCCCGGAGGAGAGGGACAGAAAGUACUACCAGGAGCGCUACACAUGCUGCCCGCCACCGCUCUUUAUAAUCUGCGUCACUCUGCUAGAGCUGGGUGUGUUUGCGUGGUACGCAUGGGGUGCGGGCACGCUGUUCGCCGUGCUGCACAACUUGCUGGCCGCGCCCGCGCCUGACCUCCACUACCUGCCGCCCGACCCGCCCAAUGCAGGAUUCUGAUCCAAAGUCGCUGCAUAACACAAAGCACUACAGCGCAGUAGUCCGCAGCACGGAGCCUCCGCGCGUCUUGCUGCCAGACACCUCACCAUAACAUUUACCAGGAAAUUAAAUGAAAGAAAAACCAAUUCUACACACACUGGCAGCACGUUGGCACUCUCGAUAAAAUAACGUUGAUGAAGAUUUGUGUAAAUAUAUUUAGCGGUCAAACGUGCCAACAAUACGCGCAGAGCUACCAACGGCUCAAAGAUUAUAAUUCACGGCUUUGUAGACUGUUAUUUAAGUUUUUAAUUUUAAGCGUAUUAUGAAUGAUAUUAGUAAAACUUAUUCGUUCAACUAGUCCCAAGAUAGAACCAGUGAUUAUUCUCUUCUAAUUUCCAUCAAAACUACUUUUAUGGCAAAACUUGUAAUUUCAUAAUUUCCAUUACUAGUAUCAUUUAUAUUAUUCACUAGAUAUCAAAGCCUAAAUGAAAAGUUCACGAAGCCAGCGUGACUGACUCAAAACACGCCUAGUCAAUUUACCUUAGUGUGAUACGCAUAAGUAGUGUUAUGAUUGCAGGAGGCCACUGCCCUCUACCCUACACUGUCUGCCCAAACUGAACUCAUAGAAAAAUGUAUUUUUAAAAUCAUUUAAUUGUUUCCUCCGAUUGAAAGGUCAAAGUAUAAUAUUUCCCGCCGCCUCCUCGCGAUACUUAAUUGUUAAGUAGUGAUAAUUGUAUUGAAUAGGUGAACUAUUUUUGUACCAACAGUCUGCGUCCGUAGUGUUAGGUUUGAAGGCGUUACCGACAUGUCCCGCGCGGGGCGCGCCGGCGCACUGACAGUGACAGUGACAGCGCGUCACAAACGUCAAACUGACGUUUUGUACUCAACAUUGCGUCCGGGCAAAGGUCGACAUCGUUACGGCCAGCACACCAAAGAUUAGAAUAAAAAAGUCGUCCAUGCUUAAAUAACGAAAAUGACACUUUUCCAUCCUAAUUCGAUCGAAGUUGAUUCAACGAUAAACGUUUUUAAUUCGAUUUUUGCUCAUUUUUAACUUUAUCAUAGAUGCGCUUCACUGAUUUUAAUAAAAGUAUUAUUAAUUAAGUAAUACGUUAUGCUCAAUUGCAAUGAUUAUUAAUCUGUUUGUAAUAAGAUUAUGCUCAAAAGUGAGUUUUUGUUUUGUUUUGUGGAUCGAUCGAUUAUUUAUUGUAUUGUUUAUUUUAAACUGUCAAGUAAUUCGUCCACAUCCGGUAGACGUUGAUUACCUAUUAUUAUUUUUAGGUAUUUCCAUGUUUUAGUGAAAUAUCCUUCUACUCAUUAGUGAAUAGAUUGUAUUAUAAUGUGCCUGAUUCCUAUUACUGUAAACUUCAUUGUAUACUUUUUAUUGUAAUUGAAUGACGUCACAAACCGACUGAAUUUUUGUAUAAAUUAUUAUUACAGAGUGUUUUCUUUUAAUUUAUUUUAAAAUUUAUUUUA